CGUGUUCCUGUGGGCCAGUCACUCUUUAGAUCUCUCCAACUCACAGCACCUCCUUGACUCUUGGUCUGUCUUCCUUUGCUGCUCUCCUGCUUCUUCACCCGCUCUUUAGAACCAUCUCCCUCCCUCUAUCAACCAGGAUCUACAAACCAGCUAUUCAAGGAAAUGGCUUCGAAAAAGAAAAUGGGCUACAAGUGUCGCAUAGCAGUAGUGCUGCUUCUCCUGUUGGCCAGUAUUGCUGCCCUUGUUGCUGUUGCUGUCAUCCAGGAUGCCUGGAGCACGAAAGAGUACAGCUUACAGUACGGCAUAGUGAUAGACUCGGGUUCAUCUCGUUCCAAUGUAUACCUGUAUGAAUGGCCAGGGGAGAAGCAGAAUGAAACGGGAGUAGUGUCCGAGAAAAUGAACUGUAGAGUCUCUGGUGUUCCUAUCUCCGAGAUGAAAGUGGACCAACAGAAAGAUGAGGAAGCAUGGAAAGGAUUCAAAGAAUGCAUGGACGAAGUCAGCAAAGUCAUUCCUGUUGAAAAACACAAAAACACGCCUCUGUUCCUGGGAGCUACUGCUGGAAUGAGACUUUUACAUGAGAAAGAUGAACAGAGGUCCAAUGAAGUCCUGGCAAGUCUCAAAGAAUACCUGAGUUCACUGCCCUUCAUGUUCCAAAAUGCCUCCAUCAUUACUGGUCAGGAGGAAGGGCUGUAUGGGUGGAUCACUGUCAACUACCUGAUGGGAAACUUUCUAGAAAAAAACAUAUGGAACUCAUAUGUACGCCCAGAAGGGGCAAAAACGGUGGGUUCCAUGGACCUCGGUGGGGCAUCAACACAGAUUGCCUUUUCAGUCCAGGAGGCUCACAGUGGGCCGGACUACAUGCAUGUCAAGCUCUAUGGCUACGCCUACAACGUCUACACACACAGCUUCCUCUGCUAUGGCAAAAAUGAGGCUGACAAGAGGGUUCUUGACAAAGUAGUCCAGGGAUCAUCUGACCCAGCCUACAUAAUUAACCCCUGCUACCCUGAAGGUUUCAAUAUCACCAUGAAGGCCUCGUCCAUUUAUGACACAGAGUGCACGAAGAAACCCAAGAACUACAACCCAGAUCAAGACUUUUUCAUGGUCGGAGCCGCCAACUCAGACGGCUGUGAAAGCAUAGUGAAGUCGAUAUUCGAUUUCAAGACUUGCCCCUCAUCACAGUGUUCCUUCGACGGGGUCGAGCAGCCACCGGUCACUGGAGAAUUUAUGGCUUAUGCUGGAUUCUUCUACACUGCGAGGGCCCUGCUGAUGAACGGCUCAACGGAUCUGGAUCAAUUCAAUGCCUCAGUUAGGAACUUCUGCCACACACAUUGGACAGUGCUGAAACAACAAAAGACAUGGAUUUCUGACAAAUACCUCAAGACUUACUGUUACGCAUCUCACUAUAUCCUCACUUUGCUGGCAGACGGAUACAAGUUUGACGAAGAGACCUGGAAAAACAUUUAUUUCGAAAAAGAGGUAAAGGAAACCAGUAUAGGCUGGAGUCUGGGCUACAUGCUGAGUAUGUCCAAUAUGAUCCCAUCUGAAGUGAGAUACAUCAACCCCAUGACAGACCCCGUCUUUGCCGGCCUUAUCUUUCUAUUUUCAGCACUAACCAUUGUAACUGUGGUCAUAGUUUUCAUUUUCUUCGUUCGCAACUGCUGCUGAGAGUGUAAGUUACAACAAAGUGGAUCAUCUGCCAUUGAAAGCCUCGGGGGCAGCUGAAGCUCUGUAAGUGGCGGCAGAGCGACACUAGCAUGUGUCAAGGCACUUGUACUGAAAGUUACUAAUCAGAAUGUCUUAGCUUGAGCCAUUAACUGCUUUAUUUUUGAGUCUUUGAGUUAUGUUCAGAUGCUAGAUAGGGAACAGCCGCUUUAGAAAAGUACUAAAAAAACCUGUUCAUUUUGUACCUCAGGGAAGCUUGCAAAGAUAUAAGUACUUUGUUUUUGUUAUUUUUUGUACUUAGUUGACUGUGAUCAGCUAAAGGGUGACACAGUUUGUGCUGAAAGGGAAACAAAAAGAGCAGCCAGAGAUGCCCAUGUGCUUGUUCUUGCUGCACAUUGUGAAAUCUCAAAAUUGACUUUAUCUCAAAAUGAGAUUCUAUAUGUGCAUUCACACGAGUGCUCAGAUGGACCCCCAGGCAAGAGCAUGAGUUAUUUACUCACCUACUAACUGUGUUUUUCUUCUUGUAUUACACGUGUAUUUGCACUGAAUGCAUCUGCAAACAAAUGGUAGCAUUUUGCCACAAUGUAGUCUUUUAUAUUGUGUAUGAACUCUCUGAAAACCAUAGCUGCACAACAAUACUCGACAUUUAUUGAACGAAAACCUCCCUAAUAAAUAAUGUAUUGAAUGUGCCAUUGUUUCAUUGUUUCAGUACAUGCGUCAUGAAUUCAUAAAAGGUUUUUACAGUGUAUUGAUAAAGAAUUAAUAGCUUCAGAUUCAAUUAUUUAAGAAAAAAACAUUGCUACAACAGCUUUCAGGUGAUCAGAAAUGUAUUAUACUUACUUGUGUUGUUACUGGGAAGGUUUUCAUUCGGAACUGAGUAUUGUAUCAAUAUUAGUUAUACAUGCUGGUUGGUUCAUUUGUUCAAUCAGUAGAAAAAAGAUACGAGAGAAAAAUCACUGAAGAAUUUUAAGAAAUUUCCACACUGACAACCCCGACAUAACAACUUUUCAGGGAAAUAAAGACAAUUGAUUACAUCAACAUGCAGCCUUGGAUGAGAGAGUUAUCAAUAUGUUUCCAUAGAUGUAAAACUUUGAUUACAGUAUUAGAUUUUAUUUCUAUUUUUUUGGUAUUGAUUCUAUUUUUGCCAGUUUUGGAAGUGAGAAAACCUGAUACCACCUACCUUCAGUCAUGACUGAGAACAAUGAAUCUGGAUUUCUGUCGGAGCUGUGUAUAAAACACACUUCAUAUAUUAUGUUAUUUUUUUUCUAUCAUUGUAUUGCCCUUUCCUUGUGACAGUAAUAUAUAUAUAAAAGGAAUCCUUCCAUUGUGUAGCAAAAACAGUAAUAUGUAUACAUGGAAAUCUAACUGAAAACAGCAUGAAUAAAAACGGUGUGAGUGUUUUCAUA